AUGUACCUAACAACACCCUAAAGAUAUCCAUUAUUCAAAGGUGUCCCCAAUUCUCCAGUUAUGCCUCGCCCAUUUUAUCAAACAUCCUCACCUACAAUGAGUUUCGUAAACCCCUUCGUUUAGUAAAAUACUUAUCGUCCUCAACCUUCUCUGCCCAUAAGUCAAAGAGCUCCAAUCCCUACUCAAAACCCAAAUCAAAGAGCACAGACACCUCAAGCUCGAAUCACAGGAAAAGCCGUACCCUCAAAUCCUCCACCUCAAAGAGUGUAAGGAAGUCUGUCCAACAAUGCACCUCCAAAGGGAUAGAAUCCAUAAACUGUAAUUCCUAAUAAGCCUUAUACCAGAACAAUGCCUCAACCUAAUAUUAAACCUCAAAGCACAAUCCCAACCAAUCAAUAGUAAAUGAUUUAGUAAUUGAGCAAAGAGAAUUUAGACUUAAAAAAGAAAUUGGCUGAGAAAGAUCUAGAAUUAUAAAAAUUGAAAGUCAAAGAAGAAGCAUUGGAGCAGAAAUUUAAAGAAUUAUAAGAUUAAUAAAGGAGUUGA